AGGAGGAAGAGAGGGAGAGAGGGGGUGACCACAACGCAGGAGGCUGAUUGGAGGAACUCCUUCUCGCGUGGCGUCCACGGCGACCUCACCGCAGGUGCCGCCCCGCGCCGUCUCCGCUCCUCCACUGAGACCCUGGGCCGGGCGGGUUUCGCGCUCUCGCCGCUCAUCAGCAGCCCGCAGGCCGCCCGCUGCGGGCACUCGUCACGCGCGGCAAGCGGUCGCACCUGUCCAGGAGCCUGCGCGGUAACCGCGAUAGGACGCGGGCGUUCUCCGCCCUGUUAAUAACAAACCCACGGAGUCGGGGUCCCUGGAUCAACACUGAGCAAAGGUUGAAGUUCACCGCCGUGGCUUACAACCUGGGGCAGCCGGACCCAGCAACCGGGGGCAGCCGGGUCCAACUUUAGCGGAGGCCAAAAAGCGAACGCACCUCCUACUGUCCCGUGACCUCCUGCACCUAGCUUGGCACAGCAGCGCUACCACGGCGCCCGGCUCCGCCCCGUGAUCUCCUGCCGGCAGCGAGGGCCUUCCGCACGAGGCGCACCCAGCCCGGCGCGAGCGCCGUCCGAUCGUCCGUCCGUUGCCGCCCCAGAGGCCGCGCUCGGGAUGGCUCCGGUGCUGCUGGCGCUGCUGGUGGUGCUGCUGUCCGUGGCGCUGCUGGGGGCCGUCCGCGCCACGCGGGCCGUGCUCGCGUACCGCCUCAACGCGCGACGCCUCGCCUGCUUCCCCGAGCCGCCACGCCACAGCUGGCUGCUGGGACACUUCGGCAUCAUCCGGAACACGGAGGAGGGCCUGCGGACCGUGUGCGAGAUCGUGCGUCGCUUCAAGGUGUCCAACCUCACGUGGUUCGGGCCCUUUCCCUUUAUCCGCCUCUACCACCCCGACUACGUCAAGUCUGUGCUCAUGGCCUCAGCGAGCGUCGCCGAGAAGGACGACUUUUUCUACCGGCUGCUGAGACCGUGGCUCGGGGAUGGGCUGCUGCUGAGCCGCGGUCAGCGCUGGUCACGCCAACGCCACCUCCUCACGCCGGCGUUCCACUUCAGCAUCCUGCAGCCCUACGUCUCCGUGUUCGACCGGAGCAUCUCCGCCAUGCACGCCGGCUGGACGGAGAUGCUGCGGAGCGGCAAGAGUUCGGUGAACGUGUUCGAGUCGGUGAGCCUCAUGACGCUCGACAGCCUCCUCAAGUGCACCUUCGGCCAGGACAACAUCUGCCAGCAGGAGUCGAGCCGCUACAUCAGCGCCGUCUACGAGCUGAGCAAGCUCGUGAUCAAGCGCGAGUUCAACUUCCUGCACUACCCCGACGCGAUCUACUGGCUGUCGGCCAACGGGCGCCGCGCACGUCACCUCUGCACCCUGGUGCACGACUACUCCCUCGGCGCCGUGCGCAGACGCCGCACUGCGCUCAGCCAGGGCGGCCGGCCGGGGAAGUUCCCGGACUUCAUCGACAUCGUCCUGCUGGCCAGGGAUGAAGAUGGGAAGGGGAUGACGGAUGAUGACAUUCAGGCUGAGGUUGACACAUUCAUGUUCGAGGGGCACGACACGACGGCGAGCGGCAUCAGCUGGGCGCUGUACAACCUGGCACGCCAUCCCGAGUACCAGCAGCGCUGUCGCCAGGAGGUGACGCAGCUCCUGCAGGCCAAGAACGGAGGAGGCCUCGAGUGGGACGACCUCUCCCAGCUGCCCUACCUCACCAUGUGCCUCAAGGAGAGCCUGCGGCUGCACCCGCCCGUGACGGCGGUGGCACGAGCCUGCACCCAGGACGUGACGCUCACGGACGGACGCGUCAUCCCCAAAGGCAACACGGUGAUCAUCUCGGUGUUCGGCACCCACCACAACCCCCUGGUGUGGCCGGACCCAGAGGUGUACGACCCUGAGCGGUUCAGCGCCGACAAGGUGGACAAGAUCUCCCCUCACGCCUUCAUCCCCUUCUCCGCUGGACCCCGGAACUGUAUCGGGCAGCGGUUCGCGAUGGCCGAGAUGAAGGUGGCGCUGGCGCUCACGCUGGCGCGCUUCCGCAUCGCCGUGGACGCGACGCGCGCCGUGCGCCGUCUGCCCGAGCUGGUGAUGCGCGCCGAGGGGGGGCUCUGGCUCACCGUGGAGCCGAUCGGCGACCCUCCCUCGACCCCCCGGCACUGAGGGGCCGCGGGCAGAUCCCCCUGCGGCCGCCGCCCUCGUGAGCCAUCCUGGCUCACUCCACCAACCUUGGGUGUCGGUCGAGACACUGCCCCAUGGGGGGGGUGGGGGAGAUUGUAGUGUGGGAGACAGGCGAUCCUGAAAUGCUAAUUAUUUUAAAAUUUCAGUCUACGUUAACAAAUAAAUGACAUAUUUUCAUAACACAAUAAAGCACCAAUUUUCGAGGUCUCGAUGGGAGGACAAUAUCCCCCCACCACCACCCCUCCCCUUGGAUCCUCCACCACCGCCCGCCGGUUUUUCCCUCCACAUUCAGAAUCAACAUCACGCAUUUAGAGUAUUUGGCUGCUCUAUGUUUCCACGCGACGGUGAUAAGCCGCUUCGUUGCGUUACCGUUUGUGACAAUAGCCAGGUGGCUUCUGAAAAAGAGUGGCACAGCUCAGUAGAGCCUUAGCUGGUCAAAUAAAAAUAGUUUACAGUUUUUUGGAGUUCAUUAUCCUCCCUCGUGUCACGUUCUGCCACCAUGCUAUCGGGGCUCAUGACGAUGGCGGCACUGGAGAUGCGGCACGCUCUGUGGCUCCUGGCGAGGUACUCCGUGGUGCGAGGCUCCUCCAGGAGGUGCCGUGCUCUGCUUUUCACCGCAGUCCCGCGUGUCUCGGUGUCACUGGAUUAUCGUCGUCAUCCUGACGUUGGUCAUCCUCAUGGCGGCAUCACGGUCAUCGCAAUAGCGCCGUCGUCCAUCGUGGUGGUCGGUGGUGGUUGUGUAGUCAGUGGUGGUUAUUGUGGUGUCGGUGGUGAUUGUGACCGGUUGGAUGCGCUGUUGUUGUUGAUGAUGGUGAACCACACACACAUUUUAAUGAUUAAUUAUAUUUUUUUACUUGGUGGGGGGAGUUUAGCCCCCCAUUAACCCCCUUAAAUCUACAACUGUAAACGCACAAUACACAUGCAGCACAAACACAAUACAAAACAUAUACAAACAUAACACUGUACUUAUUAUUCAAACAGCAGAGAUUCUCUCAAUGCCACUUCCUGUUAUCCGUUGAUACUCCUCGGCAUUGAGGUUAUUUCCAAGAGAUAUUUUGCGGAUAAGAAGAGCAACCCAGAAGUGGCAGUCGUCUUCUUGCCGCACGGCUGCUGGCGUAGUUGCAAAGGCAACAACUACAAUGUCACAUUCAGGGUUGUGAAGCCCAGACGACCGCGUCAGGAACAGCGGGAGCGUAACAUCGCUGUGAUGAUGUCUCCUUUGAAAAUUUUGCGGAUCGGGGCAUGGUGUCAUUAUACGUCGUACGGUCUGAUCUGCACGAACACACUCGCGCACUGCUGCCGGAGAGUUUUUCAUCCGCAUCUACUGCCGUGGUUUGUGCAGUGGAUGCUGUUUAGGGUGGACCACGAGCUUCGUGGAAGUGGCAGUAAUUUCCUAUUUAUCUGUUGUUUGCAGUGAAGGGACGUUGCCGUGGUGUAACCAUGAGCAAAGUGGAACUUGCAAUCUGGGGGGACCGUCAGUCCCAGGAACUAAAAUGAUCUGCAGGCCUCAUUGACGUCAAACCCCGCAGCACCAUUUGGCAAAAUCACUCGGUGACCGUGCGUCCAGAACGCAGCUGCAGCGUGGGUCAGCCCAAAAUAAAUACAUUCGUGAAAGAUGACUGCAAGAUGACUGCAGGUAAUUUAAAUCGCGGCGGUGAGCCACGCUUUAGAUCGUGAGGAGACCUGAGACAUUGUUGCAUACCUGUCAACCCCUUAUCAGUGCCCUACCUUCUGCAAUAGACCAAUUCAGACCUUAUUGGUCACCCCGUGCCCCUUAUAAAUAUCAACGUCCAUCCUACAAAGCCCCAUCACCACA